GUGAGACGACUUCUUUGUGAGACGAGUUCUCCGUGAGACGACUUGCGUUUCUCAGGGUCCUUCAGAUCUCGAGAAAGGACUCGAAGGAGCGAUAGACCUCCUCACGUCGGAUGGUUGGAUUUCUUCUUGGAGCUUUUUAGCGUUCUUCUCGUCCCCGCGUCUCCCCUCAGCAGACAAAUGCGUGUGGGGCGGAGCCUCUUUCUCCUCUCUCGUCGCGUUUCUUUUCGUUUUUUUCCAUACCCUUGCACUGUUCGUGAGAGCAUAUCCUCCUUCUUUCUCGCGAGGAAGCGCGCGGAUGCUUCACAAAAAGAAAGAAUGCCGUCAAACCUUGGUGCGACGCUCGCGCCGACAUCUUCUUCCGUCUUGCUUGUAAGCAGGACUUCUCUGCAACAUCCGUUCUCUCUCUCCUCUUCCUUGUCGCCGGUGUUCGUCUCUUCUUCGCUGUGCUCGUCUUCUUCCCCGUCUCUUUUCCCUCUUGCAGUUUCGCUCGUCUUCGUCUUCUUCGUCUCCUUCGUCUCGUUCGUCUCCUUCGUCUCGUUCGUCUCCUUUGUCUUUGCUUUUUGACUGCUUUUCGAGUGAGGGAUUUUCCUCUUUUGCGGGGAAGUCGUGGAAGAGGUGCCAGCGCUUGCUGCGCGAAGAAGAACAGAGACGACACCGUUCUCAAACGCCAGGAGGAAAACGCGAAACAGUUCUUUCCAGAAUGCUCUCCUGUCCAACGCCUUCUCCCCAUCCUUCUUCUUCUUUUCCCCAUCCUUCUUCUUCUUCUCCUCCUUCCCAUCCUUCUUCUUCUCCUCCUUCCCAUCCUUCUUCUCCUCCUCCCCAUCCUUCUUCUUCUUUGUCAUCAGAGUGUCUGGAGGAUGGUCCAAUGGCAGACGCUUCGCUCGAUAGACGAGUCCGCGCCUCGUCCACGUUGCACGCCGUCUCGCCCGCAGUGCAUUUGUGCUCUGCGUCAGUCUCGGUCUCUCGUUCUCUUUCUUCUGCUGCAGCUGUUUCCUCUGCUCGUCCGUCUCCUCUGGCGACUGCACAUCCCGGUUCUUCGCCGCUGUCUUCAUCCGCGGCGUCGCUCGUCCACUGGUAUGCUCAGCAACUUGGGGAACUCGAGCAGAGACUGAAGGAACAAGAUCGAGCACACCGGCGCGAGCUUCGCGGUCUCGCUACAAGCUUCGAGAUUCAGCUCGCCUUGACUGCGCGAGGAACUCCCAACACGAAGCUUCUUCAACUCGCUUUCGGUUCUCUCCCGCCUGCGUCGCUCUCUUCUCCGUCUCCGCGAGCCGCAGUUUCGGAGACUCUCGCGGAGGCAGAAAGGCCGUUCGCCUCCUCGCGAGCUCCUCGGCUGCUGGCGUUUUCGUCUGCGACUGGGAAGGAGCAUCGCCGAGAAGCGAGCGACGGCGACGUCCGGCCUUCGGGUGGACCUACACUCCGAGCGGGCGGCGAGCUGCCGCCGGCAGAGUCCGCUUCCUGUUCGCCUCCAGACGAGAGCGUCUGCAGUGACCUUCUCUCGCCGACAGAGCGAGCAGGGAAGGCGACGCGAGGAGCAGAAGAACGAGGAGAGAGACGCUCGCGCCGUUCGAAGGAGUCCGCGUCCUCCAGAAAACAAUCCCUACCAGCAGACGAAGAAGAAGAGGAGAGCAAGGAAGGAGGAAGAGUGGACAUGCAGGUGGAGAGUGAGAAGAGCAGAGAAGCUCUCUUUGCAGAGUUCUUCUCCUUUCUUCAGACGGAGGCCUCGAGUGCACGCUGUCGACACUGUGGACGAGAAAUUCAGCUUUCCGCGUUUCGCUCCCACUGUCUCUCCUGUCCUUCUCGGGGAAACUCUCUGGGUUGUGAAGGAAGAAAAGACUCGGAGACAGAAAAACAUUUCCUUCUUCCCCUCGCGUCCGACUCGGACAACAGCCCCGUCGCCAGGAGCGCUCUCUUUGGCCGCCUUCCUCCGUCACACGCUUCCUCUUUUGUUUUCCUUUCUAAACGCCAAACUGCUUCAGCUGAAGAACCUGCCCUUCCCAACGACCGAACCGGGAGUCUUCUCCCAGACGCAAAGCCUCCUCUGUCGUCCGUUUUUUCCUCGUCUCCUCUUGAUCUCUCUUCGUCUCCUCAGUCUUCUCCCUCUUCCUCUUGUCUCUUGUCGUCUCCUUCUCAGUCUUCUCCUUCUUCCACUUCUCUCUCGUUCUUCCCUUCGCCUUCUUCUUCUUCCUCUUCUUCUUCCUGCACCUCUGCUUCUUCCUCUGCUGCGUUGGUGGGGUGUACAGACAGCUCGCUGCGGACAGGCUGCGCGGGCGUGAGUUGUCAGUCGUUUUUCUCGCCGACUUUGCUCCACACGCUGUCCUUCUUGCUCACCUCGACGCAGGCCUGUGUCUCGCGUUCUGCAGAACAGGAGGGAGAAGAGCGCAUGCGAGAGGGAGGGGAAGCAGCAGAAGCAGCUGAGAAGAGGGAGAGAGAAGCAUGGCGAAGAGAAGACGGCAGAGAGCGCGGAAGAGAGCCGGGGCGAAGGCGUCGAAGGAGGCGAGACCAGGCCAAGGCCGAAGAAGAAAGGAAGGAGAGAGAUGGGUGGCGGUUCCAUCUGCCUCUCGCUGCGUUCCCCAUUCAAGCCAUGCAUCACCACGGCCGAAACUCCGGGAAGACGGAAAGCUGAGAAUCGAAGAGAAAAGGCGGAACGCGAGCCGCGGAGGAAAACAAGACCAGAGGGGGAGACGAAAAAAGGCGAGAGGAUCAGAAGAGAAGAGGAGCAGAAGAGAAGAGGAGCAGAAGAGAAGAGGAACAGAAGAGAAGAGGAACAGAAGAGAAGAGGAACAGAAGAGAAGAGGAACAGAAGAGAAGAGGAGCAGAAGAGAAGAGGAACAGAAGAGAAGAGCAGCAGAAGAGAAGAGGAGCGUCGGAAAAGAGACGAAAAGAGAGAAACGCAGGGGGAAGACAGCGAACAGAGAGCGGCUGUGAGGCUGAGGCGCUGUGGGCGGUGCCUCUGGAAGCGGUGCACCAAUCUCUUUCUGAGCUUGAAAAUUAUUUCUAGAAACGCAAGUGCGUUCUCGGUGUUGCGGCGCGGCAACAGAAGCCGAGUGAUGAACAAGAUGGAAAAACGGAACGCGGAGAAGGACUUUGCAGCGAACUGCGGAAAACAAUGAACGGGGAUCGAAUUCGUCAAGAGCGAAACCCCACAGAGCGUCUCGCCCUCCUCGAACUGGAAAACAAACAUCUGCACCGAGAAACUGUUCUUAUAGCUCGUCACCAUCUUCUCUGAUUCUCCAUCUCCUCCCUUGUCCUUCACUGUCUCCUCUUGCUGUCCUCUCUCAUCCCUUCAAAAAGUGUAUCUCAGUUCCUCUGUUCUACCCCUUCUUCCCUUUACGCUUUCUCUCCCUGUCUCCUCCUUUCCUUCCUCAGCUCGCGUCUUCGUUCCGCUCACCGUCUGCGUCUUCUUUCUUUG